UGUGCGUGGAUGUGGUGAAAAAUGAAAUUUGGAUGAUUUCGAAUAGUUAUAAGUUACAUCGAACGAAAAAUGAUUCUAAUUUAUCAUAUCAUUUUAUUGAUAUAUAUUUUGCAGUGAAAAUGAAGUUUUUUUGUUCUUCUUUAUAUCGAGUAGAUAUUUAUUAUAUUUUAUAGGUUAUAUAGUGAUGAAGUGAAAUCUUUUUUCUCAUUCAUUAGUUGAAGUAUACUUUUUUAUACUUAUUCAUGUUUCUUUUUUUUUUAAAUAAUAUUAAAAACCAAGUUUUACGUAAAGCUGUACCGUGUUUAUCUCGGAGAAAGUAGAAGUGAUCUAGUUAACUAGACGAAAUUGUUUCACCGAUGUGCUUAUAUUUCAUGUAACCAAAGAUGUAAUUUCAGAAGGUUUGCUACAAAACUCUAACUGAAAUUGGAGACUAUGAAAUAUCUACCAAUAAAAAUUUUUAAAUGUUUCUCUUUUAAUAUGGAAAACAUUUUAAAGAGAGUUAUCAUAGAUAUGAUAAUUUAAAUAAUUUUCGAAAUUUUAUUUUGUAAUAAUUCGUAAAAAAUGUCCAAUCUUUCGAAUCGCAUGAAAUUAAUAUUUUUUUUCAUAAAUUUAAUACUUUUAUGUUUUGUUUCUUUCGUGGAAUAAGAAAAAGUUGAAUACAGAAUGGACUUAAAUGGAAAUAUUGCGGUCAAGGAUCAGGAUUAAGUACUUUUAGAUUAAAUAUCGAAAUUGAAUUAUGGAUUUUAUAGAAGCAAUGCGGUGCAAUCGAUAACUAUGACGUGUUCACGCUCAUAAGAUUAUCUUCGGAUCAUUACAAAGGAAUCCUAUAUUCUCUGUGUUCAAUUCGAACCUACUUUCCCUCUCGUCACAAUUCCACGUUUAAUAUCAUUACUCAAUUUCACGUUGAAUUUUUAAAAUUAUCUCAAUUUCAACUCCAAUAUUAAUUUUUUCUAUGAUUAAUAAAUUUUUCAAAUAUCUCAAUUUCAAUCUUAUAUUAAGUUUUUCUACAAUUAGCAAAUCAAUUUCAACUCCAACAUUGACUUUUUCUACGAUCAACAAAUUUCCCAAAUCUAAGGGAAAAAUGUUUGAAUGCUACAAUUUCUCAAGGAUCUCCCUUCCAUUCUCUUCAUGUCACACCCCAUCGGUUUGCUUGGAAAAGGACAAAGGUACGUAUAUAUAUUCGAUGAACCAUCUCCGUGAAUAUCCCCGGGAAUAUACACCGACCCAAGAAUGAAUCCAUCCGAGUCGCAACAGAAUCUUCUCGCGGAUGACGCGAGAGCACCGUCGGUACAAUCUCUAAACGCGCCCACGGACUAUAGUCUUGGCCCAGUUGAGAAGCACUUCCUGCUGAGCGCGGAACGAGGUGAUUGUGCCACUGUCAAAAGAUUAUUGCAAGAGAACAAGGAUCAUCCGGAAAUCCUUAAUAUCAACUGCGUGGAUCCUUUGGAUCGAUCCGCUUUGAUCGCCGCCAUCGAAAACGAGAACAUCGAACUCAUCAAGCUACUUCUCGAGUUAGGAAUUCAAGUGAAGGAUGGACUCUUACAUGCCAUAAAGGAAGAAUACGUGGAAGCCGUGGAAAUCUUACUGGAAUGGGAAGAAAAAAUGCACAAGCCUGGCCAACCUUAUAGUUGGGAAGCUGUUGACAAAUCAUCGUCGAAUUUCACCCCGGACAUAACUCCAUUAAUUCUGGCCGCGCAUAAGAACAACUAUGAAAUUUUAAAAAUCCUGUUGGAUCGUGGCGCCACACUUCCUACUCCUCACGAUGCCAGAUGUGGAUGCGACGAAUGUGUGACAUCCAGCGAACAGGAUUCUCUGAGACACUCCCAAGCACGAAUAAAUGCGUAUCGUGCUCUCACCUCGCCAUCUUUAAUCGCUUUAUCUUCGAGGGAUCCUCUUCUCACAGCUUUUGAACUUUCGUGGGAACUUCGUCGAUUGAGUCGAAUGGAACAAGAGUUCCGUUUCGAGUAUGAGGAAAUGCGAGAACUGACGCAAAACUUUGCCACAUCUUUGUUGGAUCACGCUCGCACGUCCUUAGAAUUGGAGAUAAUGUUAAAUUACAAUCCUUAUGGUGAAAAUUGGGAGCCUGGAGAACGACAAACCUUGGAUCGACUCAAGCUUGCUAUUAAAUAUAAACAGAAACAGUUCGUAGCUCAUCCGAAUGUUCAACAAUUACUGGCCGCUAUCUGGUACGACGGUUUGCCUGGUUUUCGAAGGAAAAAUAUGAUUGGACAAUUUAUAGAUGUUGGAAAACUUGCAGCAAUGUUCCCAGUGUAUAGCAGCAUUUAUAUGCUCUCACCAACAUCACCAAUGGGCCUGUUCAUGAAGAAACCUUUCGUCAAAUUCAUCUGUCAUUCCUCCUCCUAUGCAUUCUUUCUGAUGCUUCUUGGAAUGGCGUCGCAACGUAUCGAAUACCUGGUUAUCGAAUUAUUUGGAAACGACUGGUUGCACGAGAUAUUGGCUGGAUGGAAAAGACGCGAACGUGGAUGCAUACCUGGCUUCGUCGAAACCGGUGUCAUCAUCUACGUAAUCAGCUUGAUCCUUGGAGAAAUAAGAUCAUUAUGGUCGGACGGAUUGAUGGAGUAUAUAUCGGAUCUUUGGAAUAUAGUGGAUUUCGUUCAAAAUAUGUUUUACGUGAUUUGGAUUAUGUUGAGAAUAACUGCGUGGAUUAUCGUCCAAAAAGAGUAUAGAAAUGGGUUGGACCCUUGGUAUCCCAGAGAUCAAUGGCACGCCUUCGAUCCCAUGCUUUUGUCCGAGGGAGCUUUCGCCGCUGGGAUGAUUUUCAGUUUUUUAAAGUUAGUUCACAUAUUCAGCGUGAACCCCCAUCUCGGACCACUUCAAAUUUCCCUUGGGAGGAUGAUAAUAGACAUUAUCAAGUUCUUCUUCAUCUAUACUCUAGUAUUGUUCGCCUUUGGAUGUGGAAUGAAUCAACUGAUGUGGUACUACGCGGAUCUGGAGAAACAAAAGUGCUAUAACAUAAAAGAUUUUCCAGAUCUGCCCGACUUCGAUAAUCAGGAGAAAGCUUGCUCGAUAUGGAGACGUUUCGCCAACUUGUUCGAGACAUCACAAUCGCUUUUCUGGGCCAGUUUCGGUAUGGUUGAUCUAAUGUCGUUUGAUCUAACUGGAAUAAAAAGUUUCACCAGAUUCUGGGCGUUGCUCAUGUUCGGCUCUUAUUCCGUGAUAAAUGUGAUCGUCUUACUAAACAUGCUUAUCGCUAUGAUGUCCAACUCCUAUCAAAUAAUCUCGGAAAGAUCCGAUACGGAAUGGAAAUUUGCCAGGAGCCACUUGUGGAUGAGUUACUUCGAAGAUGGCGACACCGUGCCUCCCCCAUUUAACAUGAUCCCAACUUCCAAAACGUUUAACAAAGUCUUGUCGUGUGGCAAGGCUGGUCGUCAAACUAGAUCUCUGAUCAAAAAGUCAAGAGAGAAGGCAAUGGCGAGACACGACACGGUUAUGCGAUUACUGAUCCGACGAUAUGUGACCGCGGAACAAAGGAAACGAGAUCAGUUUGGUAUCACCGAGGACGAUGUAAUGGAAAUCAGGCAGGACAUUUCCACAUUGCGAUACGAGUUGAUCGAUAUUCUUCGACAAAAUGGGAUGAGGACACCUAUGCUCGAGAAACAGGAUGCCGCGAUAUCCGGGAAGAAGGGUCGUGUGAUGGAACGCCGACUCCAGAAGGACUUCCAGAUCGGUAUAGUUGAGGGUAUAGUGAACGCGGUGAUCCAGAAUGAGAAAGAGCCGAAGGACGUAUUCAGUCAAAUUGCGAAGGCGAUCGGCCGCAAGGGCAGCGGAACCAAGAAGAAAGAUUGGAACGCCGUGGUACGGCAGAACACGAUUGCCAAGGAUCCUAUUGGCAGCUCGAACGAGGCAUUUGAAAGACAAACGAGGCGCAGUAUACGCAGAAUUGGCCAUCAACCGAACUCGGAUCUGACCUCGUUAGAUCCUAAUCGUUUGGUAGAUUAUAAUCCAAAUUUGAUGGAAGUGUCACCGACCACGAGGAUCGCUUAUGCGAAAUUCAUGAUGCGCCGGCCCAAAGCGGCGGGAGAAGAAGGAGAAGAAAAUAAAAAGGAAAAUGAAGAAGGACCUCAAAAAUCUGUUCGAAUAUCUAAUGAAAUUAGCGCAAAGCCAUUGUUGAAGAAAACUUUAUUAAAGACUAUAAGUAAUAGCAUGGAGAAAAGUGCAGGAGGCACAUCGGAAAUGAGGACACCGUCACCAAUUCCGGAGGAUCCGAAAGAAGAGGAUAAAACUACGAAAAAAGCAGAACAGCCAAAACCAUCGUUGAAAGAGGAAGAUAAGAGCGCGAAAGAGGACGUGGAAAAGAAGAAGAAAGAAGAAGAGGAAAAGAAGAAGAAAGAGGAAGAGGAAAAGAAGAAGAAGGAAGAAGAGGAAAAGAAAAAAAAGGAAGAAGAGGAAAAGAAGAAAAAAGAAGAGGAGAAAAAGAAGAAAGAAGAAGAGGAGAAAAAGAAAAAGGAAGAAGAGAAUAAAAAAAAAGAACCGAAAAACGAACCGCCGAAAAACGAGCCGCAAGAACCGGUAGCCACGACAAAAUUAAGAGGAAAAUCGAAAGCAACCGGUCAAAUAAUGGGCGGAUGGAUUUAAAUUUUCUUCUAUUUUAUUAUAGCACUUUUCAACGUGUGAUGGUUGAUUUCAUUAUUCACUAAUUGAACAAAUUAUAUUGAAAAUUAUAUUAGAAUAAUUUGAUCAUAAUAUACAACUGUGAUUAUAAUUUUCACAAAACGUAAUUGAGAAAGACAUUUCUUGAUUUUUUGUAUUUAUUUACUUUCAUAUCUAUUUUUCUUUUCAAAAGAAAUUUUUUUUAUAAUUACGUAUAACGAAAUAUAAUUAAUUUAAUUAUUUGGGAUUAAGUAAUUUAUUAAAAGAUUUAAAUUGAUUAUUUGCUUUCAAUUUUCUAUCUUUAUAUGAUAAAUGAUUUUAUCUUAUCUAUUUUUUUUUUUAAUAUUGUUUCGUUUGUUAUAAAUUUUAAUCGAUAUCAAAAAUUAAAGUAAAAAAAAAAAAUAUUUAAUAAGGCAGUUUAAGAACAAAUGGACAUUCAUUCGUGAAGAUUCAUUGUUUGAUUCAUAUUUUUUUACUCUUAUACAUUUAGCAACGCUGCCAACGUUUCAUGAGUAUUUCCGAUUCUCUCGAUUUCCAUAUAAAAUAAAAGUUUUAAGAUACGAUUUUUUUAAAAAAUAAACUUAUACGUGAUAAUAAAAAUAAUUAUUCUUAUUUUACAUCAAAGUUUAUAAUUAGCUUUAUAAUUAUAUCUGACUAUACGGAUAAUAUAAAAUAAAAUAAAAUAAGUUAAUAUAUUA